AUGAUUGACGGAGAACUAGCCGUCCAUGAAUUAUCGUUCCUGGUGUUAAGUCAACCGGCCCGGUUCAAUGCUGCUCGGGCCCGGCAUCUGAAGCGAAGCAUCGUCGAGCAGAUAAGGGAACUGGAUCAGGAAAUUGCACCGAACCGGCAGGAUAGCGUGUUUCUCACGCACGAACUGUUCCCCGAGCAGGAGGGUGCAUGGGCGAUUACACCGAUCCUUGGCCACAUCCGGGCGGCCAUCCUGAAGUCGACGCACCGGACCGCCCGCUGGUUGAUCGUGUGCGAGGAGCAGAGCCACGUCAACGUGAGUCUAUUAGCGCACCAUUUGGCCAGCGAGGAUUACCGGGAGAAACUAUUCCUCGGCUACCCGCUGUACGAUCGGGAGGCAACCAUAAUUCAUCAUUUCGCAUUUUUUAAAAAUCCCUCCAGCUUUCUGUACCCCUAUCUGCGGGCCGGUAUCGCACUCACCGUGCCGUUGGUCGAUCACCUGGUUCAGCUGAUAGCGGACGGUGCCGCCCGUCCAGCACUGUCCGAUUUCUUCAUCGAUGUGGCCCACGAAUUUGCGCUGGCCGUGUGGCAGCAUGGUCGGGGAUUUCCGUUGCAGCCGCGUCGCUACUUUUGCGCCAAAGCGCUACCGAGCUGUGCGAUUCAUGGUGCCGGAUUGGACGCUUCCGGGACAGGAAGUGCUGCAGACCGUACGGGGAAAGACAGCCUGAGCUGUACGGAUAACCCUACGGAUGUUGAACAGAUCAUGUUUGCGGUGAAAACAUGCGGCAAGUAUCACAAGAAUCGUGUUCCUGCAUUGAAAAACACUUGGACCAAGUACGUGCAGCAUCUGCGGUACUUCAGCGACGUUGAUGAUCCAUCGAUCCCGACCGUUGCUACAUCCGUGCCCAACUCCAGUGCGGGUCACUGUGCCAAGACGUUGGAGAUUUUACAGCUGAUCGGUGAUGAAAUUCGGUACAAUGGAAGCCUCCAGGCCGUCCGGUGGGUAAUGCUAGUGGACGAUGAUACGAUCCUCAGUUCGGCCUCGUUGGCGCGGUUUCUGAGCUGUUACGACGCGGACCGUGAUUUGUACCUUGGCGAACGGUACGGCUACCAUCUGAUGGGCCCGGACGGUGGUUACAGCUACGUGACCGGCGGCGGUGGCAUAGUGCUGAGUGUGGCCAUACUCGACGCACUGCAGCAAACGUGCGAAUGCCCAUCGGCAUCCUCGCCGGACGAUAUGAUACUGGCGGCCUGUCUGCAGCGACUCGGCAUCCGACCGAUCCAUUCGGCCCUGUUCCAUCAGGCCCGUCCGUCGGACUACGCACCGGAACUGCUCGACCGGCGGGAUACGGUGUCGUUCCACAAGCACUGGCAGAUCGACCCGCAGCAGGUGUACAACAGGUGGUUCCGCCAGCAGGACGAACACCAGCAUCAUACCCGUUCGUGCUGGUCCCGUUUGCCGACCGUGUCCGACGCUGUAUGCAAACACUCGAACAGUGUCCACAGUCCGGAGGUCGUCACCAACCUGCGGCCUAAAGAUCACCAACUCGAACCGUGCCUUCGGCCAACGCGACCCAACGCCAGUGUCCGCAACGAGCACAGCGCGGUACGUGAGCACCGGUUAGUGGCCACGGACGACGAGGACGAAAAUAAACGGUCACCUCAACAAUCCAACCAUAAUGGCCGUCAUCAACAUCCGGAACGAGUGCUACGGUUGGUAACGAAAGCGACCACCAACCCUAACGCACCCACCAACGACCGGAGGUCCGUGCAGGAUACGAGCACCGUUCAUCCGUUGGCCACGGUUCAACCCCGUUCACCACAACAACAUAUCGCUCGCAAACAUUUGUGCGAAAGUAAUGAGCUUCAAUCAAACGGCAACCUUUUGCUGAGACGGCAAAACCUCCAAGAGUCGACAAACAUAAUCAAACACACCGAUCUGUAG